AUGACGACGUUUACGAGAGUACCUGAUGGAGAAGUUCCUUCGAUUAGUGUUGAUGUAUCGAGGAGAUUGUCGAAGAUUGAUCCGAUGAUAUAUGGAGGGUUUAUGGAACAUAUGGGCCGCUGCAUCUACGGUGGAAUAUACGACCCUGGGAACCCACUCUCCGACAAACAUGGCUACCGAACCGAUGUCCUUGACGCGCUCCGCGAACUCGAUAUCCCGGUAAUCCGCUACCCAGGUGGGAAUUUCAUUGCCACAUAUCAUUGGCAAGAUGGUGUUGGACCCAGAGAAGAUCGACCGGCUCGUCCCGAACUUGCCUGGCUAGGAACCGAGACGAACGAAUUCGGAACCGAUGAAUUCAUGCACUAUCUUAGUGUUUUAUCAGAGGGAAAAGGAAAACGAGUCGAGCCCUAUUUCUGUCUCAAUAUGGGAACAGGGACAUUGACCGAAGCAUUAGCAUGGGUAGAGUAUUGCAACGGAACUCGCAAUACUUACUAUGCCAAUCUUCGACGAAAAAACGGCCACGAAGAGCCAUACAACAUCAAAUACUGGGCUCUAGGAAACGAAGUUUGGGGGCCAUGGCAAGUUGAGCAAAUGACCGCCGAAGACUACGCCAAAAAAGCUCUGCAAUGGUCCAAAGCGCUCCACCUCCUCGAUCCCAGCCUCCAACUAAUCCUCUGUGGCGAAACCGGUCUUUCCCCCUGGGAUCUGACCGUGCUCCUCCCCAACAUCCAUCACAUAACCAUGCACAGCAUCCACAUCUACAGCACCUCAUCGCAACAUCUGCCCAACGCCCUUUCACCCCUGCAAGCCGAAACCGCCAUCGAAUCCGCCGCCUCGUUUAUCCAAAUCGCGCGUAUCCAAGCGAAGAUCCCUGCCUCGGUACCUAUCCCCAAAAUCUGUUUCGACGAGUGGAAUGUCUGGGAUCCAUUGCGAGCACCAGGAGAAGAGGGAGCCGAGGAAAGAUAUACGUUGAGCGAUGCGUUGGCGGUAGGGGUGUGGUUGAAUGUUUUUGUGAGACAGAGUAGGUAUGUAGGGAUGGCGAAUCUUGCGCAGAGUGUUAAUGUUAUUUCUCCAUUGAUGACGAGUAAAGAUGGGAUUCUUAAACAAACGACUUGGUGGCCAUUAUGGUUGUAUAGUAAAUACAUGCGCGGAUGGACGUUAGGGAUACAUGUGAGAGGCGGAGCGUAUGAAGGGGUACAGGAACCGAGGUGGUUAGCGAGUGUAGUGGGAGAAAAAGGGGGAGCCAGUUGGUUGGAUGUGGCGGGGAGUGUGGAUGAGGAUGGGGUUGUAAGUUUGUGUGUUGUGAAUGUGAGCGAGGAGGAGAGUUUCGAGACGGAUCUAUUGGGGGUGAAGGGGGAGGUGGAGGUUUUCACUAUUACGGGGGAUAAUGUGAAGGUGACCAAUACAGCAGAGAAGGAAGAAGUGGGUAUUAAAGAGAGUAAGUGGGAUGGAAAGGGCAAAUAUACUUUUGGCAAACAUUCACUUACAAUGUUGAGAUGGGCGACGGGGAAGAAAGUUGUGGAAGUAAAGAGAGGCAAGGGAGAGAGAUUGGAUACGAGAAAAUUGGCUUGGGCAGGCGAUAGAGAACUUGAGAAGUCCUGA